CGUGAGCCGAAGUCACAACUUCUGCAACGCCGGGGUAUGGGGGGUCCAGGAUGCCGGAAAAAGGGUCUGGAGUCGUACGUGCGCUAUCUGGAAGUAGGAACCGAACGAGGGGGCGUGCCGGGCCCGGGGAGGCCGGGUACGUGAGAGGGUCCGGGCCGAGGCCUGAGUCCAGAGAGGCCCGAAACCGGCCCCCCAUGGUAUCCUCCAGAGUGGUUUCGAGACGGGUCACACGAGGGGGCCGCAGAGCGGAAAGGUGAAAGGUGAUUGUCACCAAAAUGUAUAGGACAAAAGUGAGCUUAAAAGAUCGCCAGCAACUCUAUAAACUGAUCAUCAGUCAACUGCUCUAUGAUGGGUAUAUCAAUAUUGCUAAUGGUCUCAUCAAUGAAAUCAAGCCUCAGUCUGUGUGUGCACCCUCUGAACAGCUCCUUCAUCUCAUCAAACUAGGAAUGGAAAAUGAUGAUAGUGCUGUUCAGUAUGCAAUUGGACGUUCAGAUACAGUUGCUCCAGGCACAGGAAUUGACCUGGAAUUUGAUGCAGAUGUUCAGACCAUGUCCCCAGAGGCUUCAGAAUACGAAACUUGCUAUGUCACAUCUCAUAAAGGACCAUGCCGUGUGGCUACUUACAGUAGAGAUGGACAGUUAAUAGCUACUGGAUCUGCUGAUGCUUCAAUAAAGAUACUAGAUACAGAAAGAAUGUUAGCAAAAAGUGCUAUGCCAAUAGAGGUGAUGAUGAAUGAGACUGCCCAGCAGAAUAUGGAAAAUCAUCCUGUCAUCAGAACUCUAUAUGAUCAUGUGGAUGAAGUUACAUGUCUAGCUUUCCACCCAACGGAGCAAAUUCUAGCAUCAGGUUCAAGGGACUAUACUCUUAAGUUGUUUGAUUAUUCCAAACCAUCUGCCAAAAGAGCCUUCAAAUACAUUCAGGAAGCUGAAAUGUUACGUUCAAUCUCAUUUCAUCCUUCUGGAGACUUCAUACUUGUUGGAACCCAACAUCCAACCCUUCGGCUUUAUGAUAUCAAUACAUUUCAAUGUUUUGUGUCUUGCAACCCUCAAGAUCAACACACUGAUGCAAUAUGUUCGGUUAAUUAUAAUCCUAGUGCCAACAUGUAUGUGACUGGUAGUAAAGAUGGCUGCAUCAAAUUAUGGGAUGGUGUUUCAAAUCGUUGUAUUACUACUUUUGAGAAAGCACAUGAUGGUGCUGAAGUCUGCUCUGCAAUUUUUUCCAAAAAUUCAAAAUACAUUCUUUCAAGUGGAAAGGACUCUGUAGCUAAAUUAUGGGAGAUUUCAACAGGACGAACAUUAGUCAGAUAUACAGGUGCUGGCUUGAGUGGACGACAAGUACAUAGAACUCAAGCAGUCUUUAACCACACAGAAGAUUAUGUAUUACUUCCUGAUGAAAGGACAAUUAGUCUUUGCUGCUGGGACUCGAGAACAGCUGAACGAAGAAAUUUACUUUCCCUGGGGCACAACAAUAUUGUUCGUUGUAUAGUACAUUCUCCCACCAACCCUGGCUUCAUGACUUGCAGUGAUGACUUCCGGGCUCGCUUUUGGUAUCGGAGAUCAACCACAGAUUAGAGAUUCCUUCUUUGAAUAUUAUUCUUUUCUCUCCUGCUCCCCAAUUUGCCCUGUUACUUUACAUAGUAUAUAUAUAUAUAUAUAUAUAUAAAAAAACUUUUUAAAGUAUUUCUUAAUUCAUUGUACCAUCUUAUGGCAAUCGUGAUGCCAACACUAGAACCUUCCUGAAUUUGUACAAAAUUCUUUUUUACCUUGAUUUAGAAUCAUGGUGGAAAAAGUUGGAAAUGCAGAUAUAUAUAUGCAGUUGUUCCACAUUCACUGAUUAUUACAGUGUGAUCAUCACUAAGUACAGUACUUAUCAUUUGCUCACAAUAAUUAAUCCUUUUUUAUAAGGAAAAAUUUUUACAUUUUUUCUAGUUCUUGAAAAAUCUGUCAUCAAGAAUUUUCUUUUGGCCUAAUUGUCAUCUAAUGCACUGUUAUCCCAUUACCUUGAAUUACUUUAGGGAAAAAACAACUUUGUUAGCUGCAUUGGUGCAUUGGUGGUCCUGCAUUUCUGAGAACAAAUAAUUGUGCCAUAUUUAAGACCUCUUUUAAAAAUAGCAAUUCUACCGGAAAAUAUUGUUCUAGUAAUAAAACUCAGAUCUGCAAUACCUAAGCAUUACAUUUUUUACUUCAUUACAACGAAUUUUUGUCCAAGAUAGAUUUUAAUAAUACCAUCCAUGUGAAACUUUUAUCUGUAGUUUUUGCUUUUCUUUGUAGUAUCUUUAAUAAGGCUAUAGUAUGUGACCAUGGACUACAAGUUGUGAUAUCAACAUGUUAUUAAUAUCUGGAAUACAGUAAAAGUUAGGCAUUAGAGAUUAUAUUAAUCUCUGUAAAUUACAAAUAUUGAUUGGUCUUCCUCAUGAAACAUUUAAAUGAUAUUUUUCAGUUAUUUUUCAAAUGAAUCUUAACUAUCUUCAUCGUAGAGGCACAUAAUACCUACCUCCUAUCUUUAAAGAUUUGUGCAGUUAACCAAUUCUCUCUUUUUUUAAACCUUUUGAAGAUAAUUUCUACUGAUUUAGUUAACUGUAUUAGCAAGAUAAAAUACUAAUGUUGACCUCACUAUUCUGUCUUCCAACUAAUUGCUUCAGUUUAGGUUGUCCCAAAGAUAAAGUGACAAUAUACCAAAGUAUGGGGACAUAGAAAAAUGCUUUUGACCAAAAAGUAUUUUACAAAUAUAGGCAAACUUAAUCUUGUAGGAAUUAAAACUUGAGAACAAAGUCCCUACAUAAAUUUAAUAUGUUAUAUAGCUUUUUGUUUUAAAUUCAGCUUUGUUGGAUAUGGUAGUACUCCUAAACCACUAAAGUGCUCAUUUAAGAAUCAUUUCAGACAAAACUGGUUUGCUUUAAAGCAUUUCUAAUAUAGGGUUGCAAUAAAAUCACAGAGGUCUUGUUUUUGGAUUGGCAUAGAGUUCCCAAAGAUUACACUUUAAGAAACUACCUUCUGUCCUCAAACUCAAUAACUCAAGGUUUUGUUUUAAAUCUUGGUGUGUAAAUAUGUAAAUUAACUAUCAUCAAUAGAUAUUCUGAAGGAUUUGAAGCAAAUAUAUUGCAAAAAAAUCAGAAUCCGGAACUUCUGAAUUAUUUUUAAAAUUUUGCUUUACAAGGUGAUUUUUAAGGAGAAGAUGUAAUUUAUCUUCAUUUUUGCACUUCUUAAGGCAUAACUACUUGAACUGGAUGAUCACAUUGAACAUCUAACAAGUUUAUUUGAAUGUUCAGGUUCAUAAAUUAUAAAAUUUCUUGAAUUAAAAUGAUUUGAAUGUCUGCACUUCUCGAAGCUUUAUGUGCUUUGUUGAAUCUGAUCACAAAAUAUUUUUAAAUAUACAGAUUCACUGAAGAGUUUAAAAUAUAUCAAUAUUCUGAAGUCAUAUAACUACCAGGAAUUAUUUUAUGGCAUGUGUCAUCAUGAUUUAUACCACAUAAUACUAGCAUUCAACUAUUGAAUAAUAUGCAACCAGGAUAUUACUGUCAUAUUACAUUUUUUAAGACUAAGAAUAAGUUUCAUUUGUAUGAUUCUGUUUUGAACUCAAUCACUUGAAGAAAUUCAGUUGGCCAAUAUUGUAGAAGCUAUAUUUGUUUGAUACUUUCACUAUUUUUGUUACAUAAGUAUUAUUAGUACCUACAUCAAAUUUUUUUAAGUGUAGAGGAGACUGGCCCCAAACAUAGAUAUUUUUGCUACAGCAUUUGGGUUGGAAGUAUGGAGAAGUGAAUGGGAAUUGUAAUCUUUCUUAUUUGCCGGAGAUGUUAUAUUGAAAAGUUAUAUAAAUAUAAUAUCAAGUCUCAGUUCUCUAUAAAAUGAAGCCAUUACCUAGACAGUCCCUAUGGUCUUUUUCAGCUCUAUUAUGUAUGUAAUAAACCAUGCUGGGAAGUUCUACUGAUGGCAAAGUCCUUCCUUACUUUAGAUGAGUUUAUGGUUACUGUGACCAAACUUUUAGAAAUGAGUCUUUGAGGUUAGCUAGGCUAUUUUGUUGCACAUGACUCAGGCCUACACUGAAGUGUCACCAGUUUAAUAUUGAACCUAUCACAAUUUGUGUCCAAUUAGAAUAACUUCCAAAAACUCAGUGUCAUACUUAUAGAGGCUUUUGGAAAUUUCAGCAGAGGAGUAUUUGGUUAUAUUACUUUCUACCUAUCACUCUUUAAUAUGUUUUUAAAUGUCUUCUUUCUUCAUGCCUUCGAUCUCUUUACAGACAACCCACCAACUAUGCUCUUAAUCUUUCUCUUGGUUUGUUUGGGGUUUGGAGUUUUGUGGGUUUUGUUGUUGUUGUUUUUGUUUUUGUUUUUUUUUUUAAUAUUAAAUGCUUGCUUUUACAGAAAA